AUGUUUAGUUAUAAUGUCAGGUAUGAAUGCGGUGAUAUGUUUCGAUUAAGAUUCACCGACGCCACCUUCCGAAAACUAAUUGGAUUUAGUAAGCCUGAUUUCGAUAGUGUGGCCAAGACAUUGAGGAUACCUUCUAAUAUUGGCUCGUACGCACUUGACGCAUUUGAAUGUUUUUGCGUUUUCAUCGUUAGAUUGAAAACCGACUGAACUUACACAGCGCUGACCAGUCUAUGUGGGAGAGAACCCUCUGCGACGUCCAAAAUUAUCACAUUCAUGACCUGUUACUUGUUUCACAUUGUAAAUCCAGCUUUGUCAGUCGCAAACGCCCUUUUGCUCGCGAGCCGCUUAUCGCUCAUUGACCAAAGCCUUCUGAAGUCUAGCAAAUCAAUACCUAAAAGCAGAGUUGUUGGAUAUGUCGAUGGCACGCAGAUAACGAUAACGUGGCCACAUGGAAGCUCUAAGUUGAAAAACUCAGCGUAUACCGGGCAUAAAAAAGCCAUAUUUUGAAAUACCAAGCGGUGACUACCCCUGAUGGUAUUUGCAUAGACUUAACGACCCUUUGCUGGCAGCCAGCAUGAUUCCUUUCUCUUAGCGAACAGCGGUCUGGCCUCUAUAUUAAAAGCUGCUUUGAACACCAAUAUUCUGUAUUGAACACCAAUGGCGUUCAAUACAGAAUAUAUGCGGAUCCCGCGUACAGUAGUUCUGACUUGCUUACAGUAGGAUUUAAGGGACAGAACCUUACAGCCGCGCAAAAGGAAUAUAACAGAACCCUCUCUAAAUCUCGUGUUUCGAUUGAGUGGUUUUUCGGGGCAGUAAAGAACAACUUCCAGAUUUUCAACAACUAUGGAAAGUUGAAGGUAGGAGGAGUGAGGUAUUGUGGUGAUUAUUUUACCAUCGCUGUAUUUCUGACGAACCUUAAACAUUGUCUAGAAGAGUCACCAGCAUCCGAGUACUUCGAAAUAUCUCCACCGAGCUUCGAGGAGCUCACGAGUAGGCUUGAGUUUCCAAAGUACUUUGACAACUUGCUUAUCGAUGAUCAAGGAGUGGGCACUUUCCACACGAGACAAUAUGAGCAACUUCGAUCAACUGGAAAACUUGACCUGAACAGCGUUACAGCAACGAUCUUGAAAAUGGUCAAAGGAACAAAUUGUAGCAAAUACUGA